UUUGACGGCUGAAUAUUCUCAGUGUGCGCUGAAGCGCGGAUCAUAGGAUACUUCUGAUCGGAAUAAACUGUAACAUUCCAACCAGUCAAGAUGGUGUAUAAAUACACAAAUAUGAAAUAUACACCCUUGUUGGUGUUUCAGUUGAUACUGAUGGCUUUAUAUUUUAUAUUCGUGAGGUAUGGAGGCGAUAAACAUUAUGACGUGAGAGGUUUCGAGGGCACCCAUGUUAUGAUCUUCAUUGGUUUUGGAUUUCUUAUGACGUUUUUGAAAAAGUACUGCUACAGCGCACUUGGGUUUAACUGGUUCUUGGCAGCUCUUGUCAUACAAUGGGCACUACUUUGCCAAUCAUUCUACCAUAUGCAAGACAACAUCAUUUAUGUUACCAAAGAGAGUUUACUAGAGGCGGAUAUAAUGUCCGCAACAGUCCUUAUAACUUUCGGAGCGGUUUUGGGUCUAGCGAGUGGAUUACAAUUAUUGUUCAUCGCCAUUGUCGAAGUGGCUGUUGCUUGCCUUAACUUUUGGCUUGUGGCUGAUAUUUUCAAGGCAGCUGAUGUGGGUGGCUCAAUCGCUAUUCAUGCGUUCGGAGCAUAUUUUGGAUUGGGAGCAAGUUGGGCUCUACGUUCUAGGAAAACUAAAUCUGACACCCCGGCCGCAACUCCAACUGUAGAUUUAAACGGACCUAGUUAUAACUCUGAUGUUACCGCUAUGAUAGGUUCAAUAUUUUUGUGGAUUUACUGGCCUUCGUUUAAUUCCGGCUUAACGAACUCUAACGCUGAGUAUCAGAGAGCAGUUAUAAAUACUUAUUUGUCUCUUGCUGCGGCGACUGUUUCAACAUUUGUAAUGUCUUCAGUAGUCAGCAAACAUCAAGGUAGACUCGACAUGGUACACGUGCAAAAUUCAACCCUGGCUGGUGGAGUCGCAGUUGGUUCUGUGUGCAACAUGUACAUAGGUGCUGGUGGUGCCGUGGCUAUUGGGAUUGGAGCUGGAAUACUGAGUGUAUUAGGUUAUAGAUAUUUAACACCUCUAAUGACAAAAAUUGGAAUACCUGAUACCUGUGGUGUACACAACCUUCACGGCAUGCCAGGUGUUUACUCUGGCCUUCUGACUGUAUUGUUUGCUGCACUUGCAACUAAAGAAGAGUAUGGAAGUGAUUUAACUGGUGUAUUUGGUGCUAUGAGUGAUGACGGAACCGGCAGAACAGCGGCAAACCAAGCGCUAAAUCAAUUCUUCGCUUUACUCGUUACGAUUGCUGUUUCAACUGUUGGCGGUAUUAUUACUGGUCUUCUCGCCCGCGCUCCAAUACUGGAACCGCUCAACGAUCACGAAAAAUACGACGAUGAAGUGAAUUGGGAACUGCCGUAAUUAUACUCGCUCUAUUAUAUGAAAAAUAAAUGUUAAAGUUUUUUUUAUUAUUAAAUUUUGUUCUGACCUUUAUUAUCGUGUAUGUAAACUAGUGUAAGUUUUGGAAUAAUAAAAAAAAAAUCGUUUUUGUAUUUUUUAUAUAGUUU